UGGAACUCCUUAAUUAGUAUCAUUGGUGUUUAUCUACUAUUUCAUGUCAAAACAGCUGCUGUGAAACCCUGACAGGUAGGGUAAAACAAACCAACAGUCUAUUACAGAGGGUCUAAUUAGGCAACAAGUGAAAACUUGCACUUUUUCCCAGUCAAAAUAUAAUACUGUAUAAAAUAUGAUUUGGGAUUAAACUAUCAAGUUUUAUAAUGAGCAGAUUGUUAAUAAUAUUUUGACUGCAGGACUUUUAAGUAAUUAUAUAUAAACGUACAUAAAACACUACAGGCUCGCGAUGAUAGGGUGUUGUAGACAUUGUGAACCCGCCACAGUAUCCACCUCUAAUGUCCCAUGAGCCGCCGCCGCCGCGCAGACAACUCCAGUCCUCAUCCUGUGGACGAGCUGGACGCUCACACUGAACACCGCCGUCAACAAGACCAAGGCUGAGACUUUCUGCAGCUUAAAAAAAAAACCAUAGAGCGAAAUGUAACAACCUCCACACCGCAGACCUCUUUGUUAGGAGCCACCGUUGCGAGUUUGGUUCUUGGAAUGUGCCGGAGAGUGGAGAGCGCAGAGCGGGGGACCAGUCUGCUGCUGCUCGGGCUCUGAAAGCACCGAUGGCACUUGGAGUGAAAAGAGUGAACGCCAGCGUUUCAGGUUAACCUGCCUCCCAAAACAGAAAAAAAAGAAAAAAAGAGGCGAGAGGGGAGUUUGGGGCCGUUUCUGUGAGAGCAAACCUCCGCACUUUGUAGAGACGAACUUCACCCGCCGCCGUCGACUCGAUGCUCGGAGCUGCUGAAGGAGUGAGGAGAUGCGCGGUGUAACAUGGAUAUCCGAAAAGGGAUAAACAGCAGCAAAGAGGACAGGGGACGUACUCAGAAGAACGGUGAAAGUGCUGGAAAGGACAAAGCCAGGAUUCUACACACCUGUGAUUGGAUGUGAGCUUGUAUUGACCUGAGACCAUUAAAAUGGAGUUGCUAUGGAAACUUAUACUGCUGCUGUCAUUGGUGGAGUGUCUGGCAGGAAGUGGAGUCCUGCAGAGGCCCGUGUUCACCAAACAACCCGGCAGUGUGGUAUUUCCCCUUCAACCUGGCGAGAAUCGCAGAGAGGUAGUGUUCAGCUGUGAGGCCCAGGGACACCCACCACCCUUCUACAGGUGGAAGCUCAAUGACUCUUUCAUCCUGCCCAGGCCAGGGUCACAUUUCUCUCUCAUGGGAGGAAACUUACACAUCAGCCAUCUGAAUAAAGAGGGAGAUGUUGGCAUCUACCAGUGCCUGGCAUCAAACUCUUUUGGCACCAUUGUCAGCAGAGAAGCCAGUCUGCACAUUGCAUACUUGGAGAACUUCAAGACCCAGAGAAGAAGUCCAGUCAGGGUUCGUGAAGGUCAAGGAGUGGUCUUACUGUGUGGCCCUCCACCCCAUUCUGGAGAACUUACAUUCACAUGGAUCUUCAAUGAGUACCCGUCAUUCGUCAUCCAGGACACACGGCGAUUUGUGUCCCAGAAGACAGGUAACCUUUACAUCGCCAAAGUGGAACCCUCUGAUGUGGGCAACUACACAUGUGUCGUUACCAACACGGUCACCAAAAGCAGCGUUCAAGGACCACCAACUCCUCUAGUGCUACGGGUCGAUGGUGUGAUGGGCGAAUAUGAGCCAAAAAUCGAAGUGCAGUUCCCUGAAGUUGUCCCUGUCGCUAAAAGCUCAACAGUCAAACUGGAAUGUUUUGCACUUGGAAACCCAGUGCCAACUAUCAGCUGGAGAAGAGUGGAUGGAGCCUCGUUUGGCAGGAAAGUGGACAUAAAUAAAGCCAGUGGAGUUUUAGAAAUCCCUUACUUCCAGCAGGAGGAUGCAGGGAUAUAUGAAUGUGUGGCUGAAAACAGCAGAGGGAGAAACUCAGUUAAAGGAAAGCUGUCUUUCUAUGCUGCACCUCACUUGACUGAGAAGCCACAGGAUGUUCAGAAGACUAUUGAUGACACUCUGGUGUGGGAAUGCAAAGCCAGUGCCAAACCCAAACCCUCAUAUCGCUGGUUGAAGAACGGAGAGCCCAUGGACCACAUGGAGCAGGACAGGGUUCAGGUGAAUAAUGGAGUGCUGACGAUCAACAGCUUGAAUCUGGCUGACAUCGGCAUGUACCAGUGUGUGGCAGAGAACAAGCAUGGUCGAAUCUUCACCAACGCUGAGCUCCGAGUCAUAGCCAUCGCUCCAGACUUCUCUCAGAACUUGUUGAAGGCCCAGACUCUGGCCCGACAGGGUGGCGAUGUUCUGAUCGAAUGCAAACCCAGGAUGUCUCCUCGGGGUGUGAUUUCUUGGAGGAAGGGGAAGGAAGCCUUGAGAGAGAGCCACAGAGUUACUGUGCUGGAUAAUGGCAGCCUGCGGAUUUCUAAUGUCAGUAAAAUGGAUGCUGGACUCUACACUUGUGUUGCAAGAAACCAGUUUGGAGUCGCAAGUAGUGCUGGCAGCCUUUUGGUUAAAGAGUCAACUGUGAUCACCAGUCCAGCAGGUCAUCUGGACGUGACUGUGGGUGAGAGUAUUGUACUUCCCUGCCAGGUAUCCCAUGAUCCCACACUGGACCUUAAGUUUACCUGGUUCUUCAACGAGCAACUCAUCCACUUUGGAAGCCACUGGGCGUACUUUGAAAAAGUUGGUGGGCGCUCCGCUGGUGACAUCAUGAUCCGAAACAUUCAACUGAGGCAUGCUGGGAAAUAUACAUGUGCUGUUCAGACUAAGGUGGACAGUGUAUCUAUUGCCACUGAUGUGGUAGUCAGAGGUCCCCCUGGCCCCCCUGUGGACUGUCAGGUGACUGAGAUGUCAGAGACCACUGCCUCUGUGUCCUGGGGACCUGGGAUGGACAACCACAGCCCCAUCCUCAGCUACACCAUCCAGGCCAGAACGCCUUUCUCUCUCGGAUGGCAAGCCGUUACAACUGUUCCUGAGCUGCUCGGGGGGAAGCAGCUGUCAGCCACUGUCACUGACUUGAGUCCCUGGGUGGAGUAUGAGUUCAGAGUCCUGGCAACCAACAACAUUGGAACAGGAGAGCCCAGUAAACCCUCCAAAAAAGCCCGCACCAAAGAAAUGCUUCCCAAGGUGACACCACCCAGAGUGAACGGUGGCGGUGGAGUACGUUCAGAGCUGGUCAUCACCUGGGAGCCUGUUCCUGAGGAGCUACAGAGUGGGCCAGGCUUCGGCUAUGUGGUGGCUUUCCGCCCACUCGGGGCGCAGGGUUGGAUGCAGGCUGCUGUCACCUCCCCGGAUGCCUCUAGAUAUGCCUUCAAGAAUGACACCAUCCCUCCCUUCUCCCCUUACCAAGUCAAAGUCGGGGUUUACAACAACAAGGGAGAAGGCCCUUUUAGUCCAGUGACCACAAUCUACUCAGCAGAGGAAGAGCCCAGCAGAGCUCCAGGGAGGUUGAGGGCGAGGAGUGUAUCGGCGUCGGAGGUAGAGGUCACCUGGAAGCCACUGGCCUGGAGCAACAACCGCAGACGCAUCCUGGGCUAUGAGCUGCAGUACUGGGGCGAGCGGCAGAAGCAGGACACAGCCAGUGUGAUCAGGACAGUGGGGAAUAAAACGUCAUUACUCAUCAGGGAUCUGGAGGGCAGCAGCACCUAUUACAUGUCCCUGAGGGCCUAUAACAGCGCUGGAGUGGGUCCACAGAGCAACAUAGUCAAUGUCACAACCAAGAAACCACCCCCCAGUCAAGCCCCGGUCAAAAUCAUGUGGAACACUUCCAACUCCAAGGUCAUCCUGAGGUGGGACCAAGUACAUGCUUUGGAGAAUGAGUCAGAAGUAACAGGAUACAAGGUGAUGUACAGCCAGGACAAACACAGCCGUCCAAGUGUGGUAGAGACCAACACCACAUCCCUGGAGUUGUCGCUACCAGUCAACCAGGACUACGUCAUCCAGAUUAAACCCUUCAGUGAGGGUGGGGAAGGCAGCAGCAGCCGCCAGAUUACCAUCCCUAAAAUAGCAGGCUCCAUAGCCGUGGGUGCAGCCCCGCAGUCUUCUGCACUUGCCAUGGUCAACCUUGCAGCAUUAAUCCUCACAGCCAGGACUGUACUAUGACAAACAUCUGCAAGAAACGGGCACUACACCUGCUUAUUAAGAGGAAAAAACAGCAGGUCAAAGACAACAAGAGGCUGACAGACGCAUUUUCACCUGCUCCCUGCCCUUCCCUACUGUGUCUUUCCUCUUGUUUCUACAGAGAUCACUUUGUGAGGAGGAUUCUUUUCCUCAACAUUUCUAAAGGAGAUACUGAAAGGAACUAGCUCUUUCAGAAGUUGCUUUUAUGGAAUUAAAAGGACCCAUGAAUCAACUGCAGUCUCUUUUGAAGCCGUUUCUUUCAUUGCUCCCUUUUAACCAUGGAUAUUCUCAUAUGGUUUUAACCUUGGAGGCCCAGUGGUGUGUGAUGCGCAAUAGGACGUGUAUGUGUUUUCUCUGUGGGACCAUGCAGGUUCUGUUUAAUGGAUAUGUAUGUACUUGUGGACUUUUCUUGGAUGAUGGGAUUUUAUCUUAUCUGGGGAUGGAGGACCUAAAGCACUUACAUUGCUCAUAUUUAUGAGUGAUGUUAUAUUUAAGAAUUUGUCAUUUCCCUCCUCUCUUUGGGAAACUGCCCACAUCGUUUAAGAAGGAAAACCAACUGUUACUAAUCCCUAACAAAAACAGGGAGCUAAGCCUCAUGCCGCUUUAUGACAAACCAGAAUUUGGGACCUUUGUAACUUUGGCUGGAUUUUAUUCAUGCUUUUACGUUACACAACAUUACAUCGAAUCCUAAGAGUUGCCAUUAGACUGACUGUAACCAAAGGUAUUGAGUCAACAAGGUUCAGUUCCCCGUGUUGUAUCAUUGUGAGGAAAUGCAGCGUGUACACCCCCAAUAUGGCUUUCAUUGUAAACAGUAGGCUUGUGUUGAUUAAUUGAUGUCUUACCUUCCUCCCUCAUCCGUAAGUGUGUAACAAAGGCACGCUGAGCAGUGUGAGCCACAUUGUUCCUCAGGUCCCAAAUGAGCCUUAAGUCCUAUGAGUAUUAUCCAUGUUCUUAUUGUUCAAGAGACGUUUUAUUUAUUUUCUUCCUCUGUUUAUCUGCAUUGUAUUUUGGCUCACUCAUGCUAUAAUUUAUGAAUAACUGACCUUACUGUACACUAUGUCAAAACACUUUUGUUACUUUUUGGAUCAUAAUUUUUUGGCAUUUUAGGCUCAGAAACAUGCCUUUCUCCUACGUCUUUCAUGAUGAGCAUUGUAAUACAGUAUACGUGGCAGUGAUUACUGACUUUUCUAACAGCUUACUACAAAGUAGGGAUGGUAUUUUACUGUCACCUGCUGUUUGGCAUGAGAUUGGUCAGUGUACGUACCUACGUUGCUUAGGAUGUCUGAAUGGAUCAACCUGCUUUUAAUAAACAUAAUGCCAUUUUCCUAAUUUCUUCAUUGGAUGUCAGAAGAGAUCAAGAGGUUGAUCCUAACCAGGGGAUUUGAAGGUAAUCUCUUUCUUAGCAGAUGGAGUUUGCACCAACAAAAGCUGACCAUGAGGUAAGCGUUUUAUUGUCAAACUACUUUUUCCAAGGUCAUGAAUUAAUUUACAUACUUUAAUUAUUUUGACAUGAAGGUCACACUGAACAGAACCUGCAACCCUUGAAGCGUUCUGUUUAAUAUAUCGUACAUGAACAUGCACCAUUACUUCUAGUAAACAUUUAGUAUAACUUAAACUCAAUGGUCUGAUUUUAUUCAAUAAAGUGUGAUAAUAGCUCUACAAAGUGGAAUCUCAACAAGCAAAUAAUAUUUUUGCAUGCCUUUGUCAAAGCAUUCACAGUUUGAGGUGGAAAAUGAACGUAAACUAGUAAAAUCUUUGCAGCAAUUAGUUCAUUCAAGCAUCUUGUGUUUCAGACCUUCACAGGCCUUUCAGCCCAUUCCUUUUCGGAAGAACUGAUUCAGUAUAAGUCAUUGGGUUUUUCUUGCAUUUACUUAAGGUCAUGCUGCAGAAUUUCAUUCAAUUAACAGUCAGGGCUUCACUUGGCAAUUUCAUGAUGUAAUUCUUAAUCUCUUUAAGCCUUUUUUCUGUAAAUUAAUUUCUUUGCUUUGCCACUCUGUAUGUCCCAACCUCAUAGAGCUGCACUUUUUCUCUGUUCUCCUUCCAUGGAUGCUCCAGAUCAAUAUUUUUAAAACAGAUACUCAUACUCAAGUGCAAUCAACAUCUGCAAAGCUAUACAUGGAAACUCUGAUUUUGUUGCCUCCUUUACAUUUGUUUGGUAACCUUUACACCCACUGCCCGCAAACGGAGGUGACCAUCAGUGCUAAGCUUCUUUUUAUUUCAUAUGCCGUUUCUGUCGGACUGUCAGCUAUAACAAUUAGCAAUAUUACCUCUGAAAAAACAGGUUCAAAACUUCAAAAAUAUGUUGUGUCAGUGAUCCACAUUAUGAUUUACAGGUCCAGUACAUAGGAUUUAGUGGCAUCUAACAAUGAAAUUGGGGAUUGCAACAUUUUUCUUAAAAUGGUGGAAUGUGUUGGAAAAACUACAGAGCAUGUAGUUUGUCUGUUCUGGGCUAAGGUAGAAACAUGGUGGUUCAACAUGCUGGACUGCAUAGAAGAGGACCCCCUCUCCUUCAUUCUUAGUAAACAAAACAGUCCUUUAUAAUUUUUCUAGAUGAGCAAAAAUGGCAAGAAAAAACAUUUGAGUCAUCAUAAGAAAAGAACACAAGUAAAGAUAGGAUAGAAACUUCAAACCUUCUUUUAUACUACAUAAUUUAUAUCUUGGUUGAAAAAAACAGUAGCUGCACUUCAUUAUUGGGCCUGGGGGACAAAUAUACACGCAAAGAGCAGCUGUGAUAAGACAAAACACAGAUAUGUGGAAGACAUAAAACAGAGGGAUUCCCUUCUCAUCUUGUUCUUUUUUUCUCUCUCUCUUCUUUAUUCAUUUCGAAGGAAUGCAAGUACAAUGUACAACAAAGACACAGCACCAAGCAAUGGAGAGCAGCAGAGCAGAAGAGAUGAAGCUGCUGUGGAGGGAGGAGGAGGAGGGUGCUGUACAGAAAGGAGAAGGCUAGGUUUAAGGGUCAGCCAGAGGUCAUCCAAUCAGACUUCAGCACCAGGUGUCUAGGCCAAAUGUCUGAGAUUACUCACAGUCUAUUACAUGUCAGACUUCCACGGGCAGACAUUUUCUGGACAGAGGAAGUAAACUUUACCAAACACGUUGGUUAAUUUUGCCUGUCAGUGAAGAACAGUGAGAAAGAUUUGAGCAGGGUUUGAUGUUGCAAAGCUCACUUUUUUUUUUCUUUUUCCAGGUAACUGGUGCCCCCUAGUGUACCUCAAGCCCAUAGCCAUUAACUACUUUACAAUCUUCACAAUCCACCAAACGGCACCAAAUAUACAGUAUACAGUAUGCAUGGCUGCAUUGUUUUUUUUGUUUGUUUUUUUCACCUUCCAGUUUGACACCCACACCCAUCAUUUUGGAACCAAAAUAUGUAAAAAACAUAACGGGAAUCACACCACACGUGAACGUUGACAGUAAGGUUUAGUGUCUGAAAGCCAAAGUUCUACCUCAGUAAUACCCUCAUAAACCUGACAUGACAGUUUUUAUAGAUUUAUAAAAUAUGACUUUUGCAAGAAGACAGAAAUGUUACAAGUAAUGUUAAAGACACCAAAAUUAAAGGGAAACCUUGCCGUGUCAAGUUUAUGCAUUUGACUUUCUAGCACUUCUGUAAUUAAAAGUAGCUUGUUCAUAUAAAGUUAUUUCAUACAAAAUCAGAGUUUGUACAAUUUGACCACUACCUUAAUUGGCACACUACAUGUCUAUGGCAUCCCUCUAACAUUCAUUUACCAAAUCACACAAAACUAUGUGUUCAAAGAUGCUGCUCCUACUGUAUAUUUUAUUUAUAACACUGUUUGUUGCUUGAAAGAGUUUUGGAAGGGUUCUGAUGCAUAAUGCCAUUUCUGUAGGCUAUAUUGAAAGUUGAGGAUUUGUUGUACAAUAAACAGCAGUGAAAAAAUACCAGUCAUUGAAUGUAGGCAGGCCUACUCCGUGUUUCUUUACAGUAAAAUUAAAUUUAAAGCAAACCGAUAUGCAAGAUAGACUGAACAGCACCAGCAGCUUGAAAUGAGAUGUUAAAGGGUUGUAACUAAAGAACAUAGCCAUUUUGUCAUUGGUGAUUGGAUCUUGGCAUUAACAAAACUGGAUGAAUGUGUUUUGAUACUUCCUAGUUUUUCUGGUGAGUACUCUUCAUUUCCUGUCAGGAAGCUUAAUUUCCUGAUUUUACAUUUCAGAGCUCAGGAGAUAUAAGAUUGUGAAUAAUUUGGCCUUUCCGUCUUGAUUGAUGAUUUUUUACUGUUUCUUUCAUGAUCCUGGAUAUCAUAAUCCAUCCCUCUUAUGAGUUAAUAUCAAUAUUACUCAAUUACAAUUCAAUAAUGCAAGAAAUUAUCAUGCAAACAUUGUCUCAAAUACUAGUUUUACUGAUGCAGCAGCCCGUUCUGUGAAUUGAACAAGGGUGUGAGCCUACUCUAUGUACUUACUACACAAGUUGUGGCAUCAUAUCCAGCUUAAUUCUGAAAGCAUAUCUAAAGGCUGGGAAAGGAGAGAAACAAGGCUCAUUCUGAAACAUCAGCAUGCUCAGAAACUACGUUGCCACCAUUUGAAUAAAUACAACAGGUAUACUGUGUGUAUUAACAGCACUUAAUGUCCAGACACACAGAAAUUCUCAAAAAGUCCAAGAAAAGUCCUUCAUGAUGCAGCAAACUCAAAUCAUGUCCUUUCAUACUCACACAUCAUGUUAAUACAUUUUACAGAAGUGAAAUAUUGUGAUGAGACCAGCCCCGACCUCUAGAGGACCUACAUGAUGCUCUCUGCUCAGUGCGUCCUCAUCAGUCAGUGUGGUGGGGGGUAGGGGAUGUAGCCCAUUUGUUCAUUCGACUGGCUAUGCAAGUGGAGUGGAAGCUAACAGUAGGAUUCACUCACAGUUUUCAUUAUACCCUGCUUCACUGGAUGCUUACAUGACUGGAGCUACACACACAAUUAUAUCAAACGAAGUGUAAGACACAGCAGGAAUCUGAUGUUUUUGUUAUUCAGUACAGCAGGACAGACAUAUAGAAGGACUAUGCGCAUUGUUUUUCUUAUGUUCCUAUUUUCCAAAUGAAUGCAUGGGGUAUGACAUUGGAUUAUUCCAACAGUGUGAGUGAAUGCACAGAUUAUCUGCGCUCACUCUCUUUGACCUUUCAGGAAUACUUAAGGAAUUAGUGGCCCUGAGAGGUUCACAGGGAAUUUAGUUGGAUUAUCUCUUUAAUUGUUCCAGAUGUUUGGAUCUCUAGUGGCAUACUGUCGACCAAUCAAGGACCAAUAAUGUUAACUUUCUUUUUUUUUUUUUUUUUUUUUUUUUUUUAAACCACUUAACC